GAGAGCCCUCUACAGAGACGUCAUGCGGGAGACCUAUGGGAAUGUGACCUCGCUGGUCACAGCUCUGCCAAGAUGCUCCAGCUAAUCCCUCCACCUUUCAAUUACGGCUAUGCUGCACACAGCUGGAGGGCAUGCGGAUAAAUGCCGGUAUUCCCGUCUGUGCAACACAACACAAACACUGACAGGUUCUCUUAGUCCUUCCUUGUGUCUAUUGUAGAUUCAUGGGUUUUGUGGCCAGAAAGGACUAUUGGAACAUAUAACACAGGCCACAGAAUUUCAUCCAGAUACUGCCAAGCUGAGCUGAAUCCCUUGUGUUUGAUUAAAUCAUCUUCCGGAAAGGCAUCCAGUCUUGACCUGAAGACUUCCUGAGAUGGAGAAGAUGCCACUGACCUUCGUAGUUUGUAAACCUUUGCACCAAUCUUACUGAACUGUUUCCAGUGGCUAGUGCCUACUCAAGGAUUAGAGAAGGGCAGAGUUAAGGUUGUGUUGCAGGGUUUCCCGUUUCCAAACCUGAUGUGAUCUCCCAGCUGGAACGAGGGGAGGAGCCAUGGGUCCUGGAUCUCCAGGGCUUUGAGGAAGGAGAGAUCCCGAGAGGCGCCUGCGCAGGUGCUUGGAUGGUGAAUGAGAACGAGGAGCUGAAUCCUGAGCAGGAAGAUGCUGAGCAAGUGGAAGCGCGCGGGGAAUUAUCGCAAGGAUCGAAAGGGAAUGUGUUCAGGUGUUGUGUGAGGGGGAAAGCCUGUGAGAGCCAGCCCAGGCCAGAGAGGCAGCAGGGAAACCAGCCCAGGGAGAAAGUGGGUAAAUCCAUUAAUUGUCAGGGGACUCACCAGGACUCCAAGGAAAUCACAGCCGAGCAGAGAAUACCUACAAGAAAACACACAUGCACUGAGUGUGGGAAACACUUCAGUAGCCACUCAGACCUUAUGAAACACAAGCGAAUCCACACGGGAGAGAGGCCCUAUGGAUGCGGUGUGUGUGGGAAAAGCUUCAGCCAGAGCUCUCACCUUAUUCGGCAUCACAGGAUCCACUCAGGAGAGAGACCUCACGAGUGCGGCAAGUGCGGGAAAAACUUCACUCUGAGUUCUGCCCUUAUUAGACAUCAGAGGAUCCACACGGGAGAGCGACCCUAUCAGUGCUGUGAGUGCGGGAAAACCUUCACUGACAGCUCAGCUCUUAUUAAUCACCAGAGGACCCACACAGGAGAGCGACCCUAUACAUGCUGCGAGUGCGGGAAACAGUUCACUCGGAGCUCAGGUCUUAUUAUACAUCAGAGGAUCCACACAGGAGAGCGACCCUAUGAAUGCUGCGAGUGCGGGAAAAGCUUCACUGUCAACUCAGACCUAAUUAAUCAUCAGAGGAUCCACACAGGAGAGAGGCCCCAUGAAUGCUGUGAGUGCGGGAAAAGCUUCACUCAGAGCUCAGCCCUUAUUAGACAUCAGAGGAUCCACACAGGGGAGCGACCGUAUAAAUGUUGUGAGUGCGGGAAAAGCUUCUUUGUCAAGUCAGAUCUUAUUGGACAUCAGAGAAUCCACAUGGGAAAGAUCCCCUAUAAAUGCUCUGAGUGCGGGAAAACUUUCACGCAGAGGUCAGCCCUUGUUACACAUGGGAGGAUCCACACAGGAGAGAGACCCUAUGAAUGCCGUGAGUGCAGGAAAAAAUUCACUGUCAAGUCAGACCUUACUAGACAUCAGAGGAUCCACACAGGAGAGCGCCCCUAUGAGUGCUAUGAGUGUGGGAAACAGUUCAGUCAGAAAUCAAACCUUAGCGCUCAUCAGACAAGCCACACAGGCGAGACACCUUAUCAAUGCUGUGAGUGUGGGAAAGGCUUCAGUGUGAGCUCUGCCCUCAUCAUACAUCAGAGGAUUCACACGGGUGAGAGACCUUAUCGCUGCUCGGUGUGCGGGAAAGGUUUCAUCCGCAGCUCACACCUGAAUAGACAUCAGAGUCUCCACAGGAGAGAGAGACAGCACAAAAACUUUGUGUAGGGCUGAGAAGUUUUUUUUGUUUGGUGGUGGUUUUUUUAACCAUAUUUGCUAAUUCCCACACAGCAACCUUUUGGUUUGUUUGCACCAUUUCCAUCACCCUGUUCUCUCAGCUCCCCCAGGUUAGUUGCCCUCUUUUGCCUUUUCACAGAUCGCCCUUCUCUGGGGUGACUCCCGUGGUCCUUUCUACCAACUCCUUUCUCCCAGGAGUCUUGGGAGCGUGUGUCCCUCUGGCCAGGAGUUUCCAUCAGCCCCAGGUGAGGGAAAUAGGGGUGACCUCAAGUAGCUACACUGAGCGAAAAUCAACCUGGGCUUUGUCUCCUCUAGGAUUUUCCAGCCUGCUGGAGGUAGCAAUCCUCAUGUAAACACCCUGCUGUAUGUGCCGUGCUGACAUAGCCCAGGGGCUGGGGUUAGCUUGCACCUUCCCCUUUGACCUGUCCUAAUCGACACCAAUGUUCCUGCUCUGGAAAGGCCCUGACCAUCACCUUUAUACUGGCCCCGCUCUAGCAGAGCGAGUCUUAGUCACCAAGUUCCCCCUUUGGCGACAGAUUGUCUCAUCCCCAGUUGUUCUCACGCUGAUCCAGGUUGUGCUGGGCAGCAGGUAUUUUUCUUUUUACCAUUUUUCUUAUUGAAAAUCUAUUUCAAUAUCACAAAGAGGAGGAGCAGGAGUGGGACAAAUGUAUCAUUUCAGUCUUUGCAACACUGGCAGGAAAUGGGGUGAGUCGACGGGAUUCCCUCCUUCCCCAUCACCGUCACUAGGCCCGCUCACUCCAGCAGCGCUGGGGUCUGUCUGAGCCACAAAGGAGCUUAUCCACCUAUAUUCUACCCCUCCACCUCCCAAACUUAAUAGCACCGAUUUGAUCCUAAAUCUGACUCGUUAUGGAGAUGAAAGAUGAAAGUGUCCCAGACCUGGCUGGGGAAUUCCAAUGGAUCCCAAACACCAUGCGAUCAUUCCCAGUUUAAAUCCCAGUUUCUGUCUAUUGACAAAGCCACUCCUGGGCUUUUUCCCUCUUGAGCUGGGCUCAUUUGCAGAUGAGAAGGUCAGCAGUUUUUCCCUAUUACAAUGCUUUUUUCCUCAAUAACACAACUCUAUAAUAAUGAAGGGCUGUUGAGUGAAGCAGGUGUGAAUGGAUCAGUGGAGAAAGCGAUGGGGAAAUCGGCUGUCUUGAUUUCUGAGUAAUCAAAUGUAACCUGCUCUGGAAUUUCAUGUUGUAUGAACAAGAAAGUGACUUAUACCGCUCUGUGUUGCAGGUUUUUCUCUCUCUCCUGGAGGCCAUUUGGUCACAUAUCUGAAUAUUAGUUUUGUAGCUCAGAUUUAUCAGGGACUUUUGGAGAAAUGACUGUUUGCUAAACAAGUACUGUCUUAUUUUAUUUUUGUCUUUUCCCCACCGCUGCAUGAGGACAUGGAAGAAGCUCAAGUGGUGUUCACUCACCAGGAGAGGAUGCUCCGAGCCAUCCGGCUUGCUAACAAGGAAACAGUAGUGGGUUUAGGGCUCUGCUCCAAAAUGGUGAACAACAGCACACCCCAGAUUGUGCAACUAACUGAAAUAACUGAGUGCGUGUGGCCUAUGAUUUGGGAAACGCUGUCCCUGCCUGUGUUGAUGUGGAGAAAACAAAAGUGGGAAUUUUUGGCAAACUUGCACUUGGGAGAUGCUGCAAAUAUUCAUUACAGUGAAAUCAGUAGCUACACACUGUCUUUUUUUAUAUAUAUUCUGCUCCUUUGGUGACUUAUAGGGAUUCUGCUGCAGCUGUAUAUUAUUCUUGGGGGAAUUCUGCACCAAAAAUUGAAAAUUCUGCACACAAUAGUUUAAAAUUCUGCAUAUUUUAUUUGUCAAAAUAAGACAAUGUAAUCAUGCCAGCUUCAAUUAUUUUGGUAAUUUAUUUCCAAUUAUCUGUCAGCAAGUAUGUCUCUAACAAUACAGACCCCAAAAAAAAAUUCUGGUGAUUUUUUUUUGACAAAUAGAUUCUGAAGUACAAUAUCACUCCAAGGCUGAGGUGGGGGGAAUGUGAAAGAGAAAUAGUGUAUAGGAGAACACCGACCCAAGCUUCAGUUAUUUCAAAUGGAAUUUGUUUUGACAAGCUCUAAAGUAAAAUUACUGAAGGAGACAAGUUGUGUAAACUUUUACUCAAUUAGACUAUACGGGUCACUGAGUUCCUCGCUUCUCUGCAAAGCAAAGAUGUAGAACGUCUGUCAGGAGAGGCCCACGGUGCUUUUUAUGAAUGGCAAUGGAUGCAUGAGGAAAUAGGUAGCUUGGUUUGGAUUUUUUGGGGGUUUUUUUUUGGUGGGGGGGGGUUGGCUAUCCAUUAUUUUUAUGGGAGCCGAGACCCCUUUUCCUUUUUUAACAAAGCCCAUUGUCACAGCUCAGACUUUUAACCCUCAAGCCGGGCUACGGAAACCUCCCCAAAACUUUCCUUGGUGUUUUCACUUUGGAGAUCUUUGGGGUUCAAACCUCAACAGUGCCUGUGGUUCGGAGCAACCGAUAUUUUAAGAAAACUGCUGGGUUAAUUCGGACUCUUCCAUGAGGCAGACUUUGGGCUAUCGUCAGUUUGGAUCAGACCAUGGUGUCUGUAACCAAGGCGUCCUUCACUCCUCACAUGCCUGGAGACUUCAGGGGAGAGACCGCAAUGUUGGGUGAGCUGGAAUCCUCAACCAUAAAGACCAAGGUAAAGGUGGAAGCCCUUUUGCACCAGCACCUGCCUAAGAAAGAUGGACAUUCCAGGACUCCCAGACUGAUCCCCUCUGGGGAAGGAAGUUGUAACAUCAACACCAGGCUGUGCCAGCCUUGACUUGUCUCCUUGUACCUGACACAGCUUGCGAAUGUGGAGUACUGAGUAGGCGACUCCAUCGCCUGGUUCCUUGACUGCAGCUCUAGCUCCUACUCCAGGGGAGUCGAAAGAGCUGCAGAGUUGGAAUCACUUGUCAGUUUCAAUCUCAGAUGGUUACUUGUUCUAUUUUUCAUGCUUUGUUUUUAUCAAGUGGGAACUAUCCCAUCCUUUCUAUUCUACUGCAUUGCGUGCAGGUGUGUGUGUGAAACCUGUCGCAGCCACUCAAGGAAGGAGCUAAAAACAAUUCCCAAAUCUAAAUAACCCUAAAAUGCUGCCCUAGAAAAUGGUUGAACAUGUGCUCCUCGUUCCAUGAAAGUGGUCAGAGAACCUGAGCUGGCGGAUACAUACCGUUAAAACUCUGUGCAUAAAGGUCUGUGUCUAUUUUAAGGUUUUUAAUCUGUAGAAGCCACCGGGAGGUUAGCGAUAUGCUGGUGAGGUCUAAGAUGGACGCUCCAAAGUUGUGGCUUAAAUGUGAACAAUGUGGACAGCUGCCUCCUUGGGUUCCUGUUUCAGGGUUUAUAAGGGCUGAUUUUCUGCUUUAUAAUUCUGAUGAUUUGGCUGAACUGAUGAUUUGAUUCCAAAGCAAGAUAAUUGUUAACUGAGUGAUUUCCGGAUCUGGCCUGAUCGAGAUCCCAGUACUGUGUGCCCCAGAGUUAGCUGAGUGGUGUUAAUAAUAGUUUAGGUUUAGUUAGAUGUGGUGUUCAUUUUGUUUGUUCAUUUUAAUGAAAUGUAUAAAAGGGA